AUGCGCAUCCACGAGAGCGGAAUUGACCGCAGCCUUGACACACCUACCCCGCCGAGCCCCACUCCCAAUCCACCACCUUGUGCACCCACUAACCACUCCCCAGCCGACAUCGACGCCACCGACCUUACCACCCCUCACUCCUCCCCUUCCUCCUCCUCCUCCUCCUCUUCCUUCAUCACUGCCACAACGACGGCCACUCCGGCGUCUGUAACACAUGACUUCACCACAGCCGCACCUGACACAACAACAGGCACAAGCCCUGCAACCUCCAUUAUCAGACGUGAGGGCCAGGGCUACAUCUGCCCUCACUGCGAUCGCACCUCCACUUCACGCAUCGGUCUGGUCGGUCACUUGCGAAUCCAUCGCACAGAGACUGGCGAACCAGUGCCUGGAGCACCAACCUACACCCAUCGCACUCGCCUCCACUGCACACACUGCCCUCGCACCUUCACGCAUCGCAUGGGUCUAUUCGGCCACAUGCGCAUCCACGACAACCUGCGGUAG